AUGCACAGUUCCCAGGCCCUGGAUAGAGGCUGGCAGCAUCAGACCGACAGAACCAAGACGUCGGAGGGCAACCAGGAGGUGCUUGUGUCUGCGAAGCACAGUAGAGGACCAGGAAAGACCUUUCCAGUAGUCCUAGAAGCUGGGCAUGUGCUCUGCACUGCCUGGAUAGGAAGGGCAUUUGGCAGCUCCAUUUAUUCAGAGGCAAAUGUGCUCACAGCCAGUGUUCUCAUGGAUUUCAACAAAUGACUUACAUUGCCUGAGGACACAGGGUUUCCUCUGCCAAGGUAUAAUCCUGGCUUCUCUGCACAUAAAGGAGAUGUGCCUGGAAACAUGCACCAGAGACCUUCCUGUUUAACCAGGAUAAAACUGCAUGUUCCUUAA